AUGGAUCGAAUUACUGAAUACAGUGUUCUUUGGCUUGAUGACAAGCAAAAUGAUCCAUUAAAUGAAUAUAAAAUAGAACGUUCACGAUUGCGGAGAAUUAUUGAUUAUUUGAAAUUUUUCACACAAAUUGAAAUCUGUAUAGAAAACAUUCGAAUUCGUUCGAUUUAUACCUACGAAGAGAACUCAAACGACGAACAUACUUCUGACACUACGCAUGUCUAUCAACAAAUAAUACCAAAAAUGUUCAAGCAUCCAAACGACUUACUGUUUCAGCUCUCUCAAGACAUUCGAGUCUUUCUUCGACAGAACAUGGAAAUCGAUUCUACGCUGCCCUUUUCCGCUCUUUCGAGUAAUGAAGAGCGAACAACUGGGUUAUAUUCACGAACGGAUAUACAUUGGUUCCCAUAUAUCAUGGAAGCUCUUCAAGAGAUUCCGCCUGUUGCUAACGGAAAGGAAAACUUUGUUAAUGAAUGCCGAAAAUUGUAUCUUGACAACGAACCUGCUCUAAAAUUCAUAAAUGAAUUCAAUGAUACUUAUGACUCUCACAUGGCUGUUGCCAGGUAUACGCGAGAAGGCAUUCUAUAUCAACUAUUCAAUCGCGUAUUGCGACAACUAGAUCAGCAUAAAAUAUUUCUUUUACAUUUUUUCAUUUACGACCUUAGUCAACAACUGAAGAAAGAAGCUGACAACAGUAAAGACGCAGAUUGGCGAAAAGAGCCGGUGUAUCGUGGUCAGAGAAUAUCUAAAACUGAAAUAGAGUUCUUGAAAGAGCAGAGGAUGCUCUAUCUCAAUACUUUUCUAUCGACAACGAAAAACUUAAUGUUGGCUGAGAUCUAUGCUGGAGUUGGCUCACAUGAUUCCAAUCGUGAUACUGCGGAGCAACCAGUUAUAUUUAAAAUUGGUAGUUGUACAUGGAAUUUAUUUGGAAAAAGUGCUGCAUCCAUCGAUCAUUUGAGUCAUUUUGAGGGUGCAGAAGAUGAAGUACUUUUUGCUCCGACAUACACAUUUUUUCCAAUGCCAAUUGUAUAUGAUGAAAAUACGGCUGUAUGGAAUGUAACAUUAUUACAACUCACAGAAACUUACGAUCUGAGAUAUGAAUAUUUGAGUUAUCUCGUUAAACUAGAUGCUUGUUUAAGAACAAUAAUUGUCGACAAUGAUACUACAAACGAUGAUUGUGCAUUACUAGUAGAUCAUAUUAUAUCUCUCAUUCGUGAACUUGUAAUUGGUGAUGAGGAUGUUGUAACAUUAGGUUCGACUUCUAAUCGAGUUGCUCAUACGAAUGUAUCCAGACUUGAAUUGAAAGGUAUCGCUCUAUUUGCUCAACCAGUACUUCCACGUAUCAAUUCUUCGAUUUCAUAUCUAACUUUGUCGAUGUUAUACGAUUGCAUAGCGACAUUAUUCAAAUGUCUUGGUAAAUAUGAUCUUGCUCUUGAAAAUUUUCUGAGAGCAGAAAAAUAUGCUACGAAUCAAAAUGAUAUUCAUUAUAUAACGAGAAAAGUUAAGAUCGCACAAAUACAUAAAAUCGUUGGAAAUCCAUCUCUUGCAUGGGACAAUUUUCAAGAAAUACUUCCAGAAAUUAGCACGGACACAGAGUUAUUCGAAAGAAUCUUCAUUAGUAUAGCGAUGAAUAAACCUCUUUUUAAAAAUGAGGUAGAUGAACAGCAAAACAAUCGCAAUGUGCAUCAGUACUUGCAAUAUAUCAGCACUAAAGCCGAUUUGAAGAGGUUCGGUCCUCUCAUUGCUGGUGCAUAUCGUGACUUAUCAGAAUAUUUAUUUCAAAACGAUGGUCAACAACAGCAACUCAUUGAAUUUCUUGAGAGUGAAGUACAAAUUCGCAAAAAGAUCGUUCAAUACGACCGAUCAAGUCGUUAUGAUCUGGCGCACAGAUGUAAAGAUCUAGCAAGCUUGUACGGACACAAGGAUUGUCGGAAGGCGAUCAAAUACUAUAGAGAAGCUGUUAAUAAUUUCAAACCCUAUCAAGAAGUCGGUACACGUGACCUAAUAGCUAUCUGCUGGUGUGAAAUCGGACUACUCCGACCCAGGCAUAAUGUACAAAUAUUUAUCAAUGCCUUUAAUCUUCUAUUGUCCGAUAUGGAUCAUCGUAUGGAAAUGACCGUAGCUGAUGAUAUAGCUCGAUGUUAUAUGUGUCUGGCAAAAAGCUAUGCUCGAUCCCGCCGAUUGAAUUCACAAGCUCUAGAGACUUGUCUCAAAUCUUUACGUCUCCUUAUAAAUCAUGUGCCAGACGAUUUUACUUUCUCAGAUGAAGAACUUGACGAUUGUUGGGAAUGGGCUCUAUCGUUAUUCAAAAUCAAGAGUGAUCAAGAUGGUUCUCAAGCAUCCACAAAGCAGCAACUAUAUAGUAUGUGUAAACCCAGCGAUAAACACCCAUCAUUGGAAGGAAAAGAAAUUGGCAAAAUGCUUAAAACUACAAUAAAUCGGUUACAACGGCAGCUACCAAGCACCAGGAAACGUUAUCGAAAAAAAAGAAUUAAAAGAUUAAGCAGAUUCAUUAAUUGA